GAAUGUUUUGAAAUUGCAGUGAAAUCAACAGAAACAAGCCCAACUAGUAUGACUAGUUCUUCCACUGCAACUGAAUCCUCAAUUCAGAGUACAGAAGGAGACACUGGUACUACACAGGCAGUGACCUCCGCUUCUCCCACCUCUGAGCAACCAUCCACCACAGGGACAUCUUCUCUGUCAACGUUGGGGAACUCUUCCAGUGGGACCACUGCACCUGAACCCUCAAUUCAGAGUACAGCAGGAGACACUGGUACAAAACAGGCAGUGACCUCCACUUCUCCCACCGCUGAGCAACCAUCCACCACAUGGACAUCUCUGUCAACGUUGGGGAACUCUUCCAGUGGGACCACUGCAACUGAACCCUCAAUUCAGAGUACAGCAGGAGACACUGGUACUACACAGGCCGGGACCUCCGCUUCUCCCACCGCUGAGCAACCAUCCACCACAUGGACAUCUCUGUCAACGUUAGGGACCUCUUCCAGUGGGACCACUGCAGCUGAACCCUCAAUUCAGAGUACAGCAGAAGACACUGGUACUACAAAGGCAGGGACCUCCGCUUCUCCCACCGCUGAGCAACCAUCCACCACAUGGACAUCUCUGUCAACGUUGGGGACCUCUUCCAGUGGGACCACUGCAACUCAACCCUCAAUUCAGAGUACAGCAGAAGACACUGGUACUACACAGGCAGGGACCUCCGCUUCUCCCACCUCUGAGCAACCAUCCACCACAUGGACAUCUCUGUCAACGUUGGGGACCUCUUCCAGUGGGACCACUGCAACUGAACCCUCAAUUCAGAGUACAGCAGGAGACACUGGUACUACACAGGCAGGGACCUCCGCUUCUCCCACCUCUGAGCAACCAUCCACCACAUGGACAUCUCUGUCAACGUUGGGGACCUCUUCCAGUGGGACCACUGCAACUGAACCCUCAAUUCAGAGUACAGCAGGAGACACUGGUACUACACAGGCAGGGACCUCCGCUUCUCCCACUUCUGAGCAACCAUCCACCACAUGGACAUCUCUGUCAACGUUGGGGAACUCUUCCAGUGGGACCACUGCAACUGAACCCUCACCUCAGAGUACAGCAGAAGACACUGGUACUACACAGGCAGGGACCUCCGCUUCUCCCACCUCUGAGCAACCAUCCAGCACAUGGACAUCUCUGUCAACGUUGGGGACCUCUUCCAGUGGGACCACUGCAGCUGAACCCUCAAUUCAGAGUACAGCAGAAGACACUGGUACUACAAAGGCAGGGGCCUCCGCUUCUCCCACCUCUGAGCAACCAUCCACCACAUGGACAUCUCUGUCAACGUUGGGGACCUCUUCCAGUGGGACCACUGCAACUGAAACCUCAAUUCAGAGUACAGCAGGAGACACUGGUACAAAACAGGCAGUGACCUCCACUUCUCCCACCGCUGAGCAACCAUCCACCACAGGGACAUCUUCUCUGUCAACGUUGGAGAACUCUUCCAGUGUGACCACUGCAACUGAACCCUCACCUCAGAGUACAGCAGAAGACACUAGUACUACACAGGCAGGGACCUCCACUUCUCCCACCUCUGAGCAACCAUCCACCACAGGGACAUCUCUGUCAACGUUGGGGAACUCUUCCAGUGGGACCACUGCAACUGAACCCUCAAUUCAGAGUACAGAAGGAGACACUAGUACAAAACAGGCAGUGACCUCCGCUUCACCCACCGCUGAGCAACCAUCCACCACAGGGACAUCUUCUCUGUCAACGUUGGGGAACUCUUCCAGUGGGACCACUGCAACUGAACCCUCAAUUCAGAGUACAGCAGAAGACACUAGUACUACACAGGCAGGGACCUCCGCUUCUCCCACCUCUGAGCAAUCAUCCACCACAGGGACAUCUUCUCUGUCAACGUUGGGGACCUCUUCCAGUGGGACCACUGCAACUGAACCCUCAAUUCAGAGUACAGCAGGAGACACUCGUACUACACAGGCAGUUACCUCCGCUUCACCCACCGCUGAGCAACCAUCCACCACAGGGACAUCUUCUCUGUCAACGUUGGGGAACUCUUCCAGUGGGACCACUGCAACUGAACCCUCAAUUCAGAGUACAGCAGGAGACACUCGUACUACACAGGCAGUUACCUCCGCUUCACCCACCGCUGAGCAACCAUCCACCACAGGGACAUCUUCUCUGUCAACGUUGCAGACCUCUUCCAGUGGGACCACUGCAACUGAACCCUCAAUUCAGAGUACAGAAGGAGACACUAGUACAAAACAGGCAGUGACCUCCGCUUCUCCCACUGCUGAGCAACCAUCCACCACAGGGACAUCUUCUCUGUCAACGUUGGGGAACUCUUCCAGUGUGACCACUGCAACUGAACCCUCAAUUCAGAGUACAGCAGAAGACACUAGUACUACACAGGCAGGGACCUCCGCUUCUCCCACCUCUGAGCAACCAUCCACCACAGGGACAUCUUCUCUGUCAACGUUGAGGACCUCUUCCAGUGGGACCACUGCAACUGAACCCUCAAUUCAGAGUACAGCAGGAGACACUAGUACUAUGCAGGCAAUGACUUCUGCUUCUCCCACCUCUGAUCAACCAUCCACCACAGGGACAUCUUCUCUGUCAACAUUGCCUGCCGCUCCCAGUGUGACCACUGCAACUGAACCCUCAACUCUGAGUACAGCAGGAGAUACUACUACUCCGCAGGAAGUGACCUCCAUUUCUUCCACCUCCUCAGAGGAACCAUCCACUGCAGGGACACUUUCGCUGUCAACGUUGCCCGCCUCUUCCAGUGUGACCACUCCAACUGAACCCUCAACUCAGAGUACUGCAGGAGGCACUACUUCUCCUCAGGAAGUGACCUCUAUUUCUUCCACAUCAUCGGAACCAUCCACUCCAGGGACAACUUCUCUGUCAACAUUUCCGGCCUCUUCCAGUGAUGCUACUACAGCGAUCCUAAGCGCAACUAGUGUGACUGAAACGGUCAGUUCACCUACCGCCUCUUCCAGUUCCACCAAACAGCGUUCUGAAACAAUUACAUCUAUCUUAUCCCCAAGCACCACCACUGCAGAUGGACCCUCAACUCAGAGUUCAGCAGGAGACAGUAGUACUACGCAGGCAGUGACCUCCUCUUCUUCCACCUCGGAGGAACCAUCCACUGCAGGGACAUCUUCUCUGUCAACGUUGCCUGCCCCUUCCAUUGAGGGUACUACAGCGAUCCUAAGAACAAGUAGUGUGACAGAUAAGCUGAGUCCAUCUACCACCUCCUCCAGUUCCACAGAAGAGCGUCCUGAAACAAGCACAUCGAAGGCAUCUACAUCUACC